ACCGAGCCUUGUCUUCUUUGAAACUUUUAAGCCAAUUCUAAAGCCUCGUCCCAAGCCAACCAAGAGUAUUUAUAUCUAUCUAUACAUCUACUCCCAUCCCAGCUGUUCAUACAAAGUAACCGCUUCUUCUCUCUCAUCUUCUUUCAUUAUAAUAUAAUAUAUUUCCCUAUAAUAUAAUAAUAUCUUUCUAAACAUUAAAACCCAACCCUCAGUUCAAAACACAGACAAGAAAUAAAGAAAAUAAAAAAAAAUCAAUUAAAAGAAAAGCUUAAAGUGUUUUAAUGCUCAACAACCGACUUUGAGCUCUACAUCUCACUUAAACCCUUCUCUCUUUCUUUUCCUCCUUUAUUCUUUGCUCCCUGAUUCAGUCCUCUCUCACUGAUCUUUAUCUUUCUUUCUUUCUUUCUUUCUUUGUCUCUCAAAAAAGAUGAGUAAACAAGAGUUCAUGAAGGUUCAGACUUGUGUUCUCAGGGUUAAUAUUCACUGUGAUGGGUGUAAGCAGAAAGUGAAGAAACUGUUACAGAAAAUUGAUGGUGUGUUUAAUGUCGCCAUAGAUGAAGAUCAAGGAAAAGUGACCGUUUCAGGCUCUGCUGACCCGGCCACACUCAUAAGGAAGCUUGAAAAGUCUGGAAAACAUGCAGAGUUGUGGGGAUUUCAAAAGGGUCCAACUCUAAACCAAAACCAAUUCCAAAAUCUCCAAAACCAGUUCAAAAACUUGCAGCUUGACAGUGGCAAGGGUGGAAAAUUAGACAAGAGCAAGUCUCAGAAAGGCGGUGGUGGCAAAGAGCAGCUUAAGGGUGGUGGACAACACGCGCCGCUUCAGCAGCAGCAGCUGCAGCAGAUGGUUAAAGGGUCUGCUAAGGAUAUGAAGUUCCCACCCAAGGACCAGAAAUCUGUCAAGUUCAAUAUGAACGAUCAUCAUGAGUUUGACGACGAUGAUGAGUUUGAUGAUGAAGAUUUUGAUGACGAGUUUGACGAUGAUGAUGAGUAUGAUGAUGACGAUGAAGACUAUGAUGACGAUGAGGAGGAGUUAGGCCAUGGACAUGGACAUGGUCAUAAUGUGGUGCCUAACAAAGCUAUGCCGAUGAUGAUGCCGAACAAGAUGAUGCCUGUAAAUGGUAAUGGGCCGCCACAAGGGCCUUAUGGAAAGAUGAUGCCGAUGAUGGGUAACAUCAAUGGGCCUUAUGGGCCCAAAGGGAUGAUUGAUGUUCAUGCCAUGAACGACAGAAAAGGUAGUGGAUCGGUUAAGAAAGGAGGGACAAUUGAUUUCCCAAUUGAGAUGAUGAAGGGAAAAGGGAAUGGAAAUCAUGAAGGAAAAAAUGGCAAUGGAGGGAAAAAAAGUGGGGGAGAAGGAAAAGGUGGGGGUGGAAAUGGCAAAGGAGGGAAAUCAAAACCGAGUGGUGAGAAAAAUGGAGGAAAAAAGAAAAGUGGUGGGUUGCGUGGGUUAUUUGGUUUUGGCAAGAAAAGUAGUAGUAAAGCGGGAAGUGUUUCUAAGAAGGGAAGCAAUAAUAAUGGCGGUAUGAGUGGUGGUGGUGAUAAAAAAAGCAAUAAUGGCAAAGGUGGGGGAGGGAAGCAAGAGGGUAAGAAAAUGAAGAAUGAUUUUGAUGAUUUUGAUAUUGACUUCUCCACCGCCAGUCACGGCAAAGGUGGUGGCAAAGGUGGCGGUGGUGGGAAAAUGCCUCCAAUGGGUGAAAUGGGCCGGGGUGGCGGCGGCGGUAAUAUGGUCCGAAUGGGCCCAUCAGGCCCAAUGGGCCAGUCAGGCCCAAUGGGCCAUAAUGGUGGGGGCAGAGGUCAGAUGGGUAUGGGCCCAAUGGGCGGUAACUAUGCAAUGAUGAACGGUGGUGGUAUUCCUGCAGUACAAGGUCUACCAGCCCAAGCCAUGAUGAACGGUGGAUAUUAUCAACAAGGAAUGGGGCCUGGAUAUGGGCCCGGGCCUGGGCCUGUAAACCCAUACACUCAACAGCAGCUACAACAAUUACAGCAGCAACAACAACAGCAACAGUACAUGGCUAUGAUGAUGAACCAACAAAGGGGCAACGUGGGCAACGACAUGUUCCAGCCGAUGAUGUACGCGCGGCCACAACCGGCGGUGAAUUACGCUGCGCACCCGGUCUCCGAUAACUACACUCACUUUUUCAGUGAUGAGAAUACUGAAAGUUGCAAUGUUAUGUAAAUUGUUAGGAUUAUUUGACUACUAAAGUCAUGUUUUUUUUUCUUUUUUGGUAAAGGGUUAUAUCAUAUUUUGUAUUCUUGCGACUCUAUAUAGUCUAUAUAAUAUAAGUGCAAGAUUGGUAGUGAAGUAACAUUGCUUAUGUUAGUUUAGUUUUAGUAAAUAGGUUUUGUACCACUGUUUCUUUCUUGACCCCAAAGAGGUCACAUGAAUUAAUGGACAAGUAUUAUUAAUAUUGUCA